CAGCCUGUUGGGACUCUGUGACACAUAUCACCAAGGUAAAUGUGAUGAUGAUCAGAAACUGCAUCCAUGAGAAAGUAAACCAGUAUUUCUGAGUUUGAAACCUUGUUUUGUGACAAUAGUCAAAGUGUUCUGCUGCGUGCCUCGGUCCUGGCUUAUUUUUCUUUUCUUCCCAAGCUGAAAAGCCAAAGAAGGUUUUCAAAGGAAUGCAAAAGUACGAGGAGUUUUAAAAGCAGGAAGCCGAAAGGGGAUCUCCAUAAGAUGAAUUUCACCCAGCACCGUGGGACACUCCAGCCUCUCCAUUUCUGGAACCACAGCUACGGACUGCACGGAGGUGCCAGUGAGCCCAAUGCAAAGGGCCACUCCUCAGGAGGCUGCUAUGAGCAACUUUUUGUAUCUCCUGAAGUAUUUGUGACUCUGGGUAUCAUCAGCUUGCUGGAGAAUGUCUUGGUCAUUGUGGCAAUAGCCAAGAACAAGAACCUUCACUCGCCCAUGUACUUCUUCAUCUGUAGCUUGGCAGUGGCUGAUAUGCUAGUGAGUGUAUCUAAUGGAUCAGAAACUAUUGUCAUCACGCUGCUAAACAAUACAGACACAGAUGCACAGAGCUUUACCAUAAACAUUGACAAUGUCAUUGAUUCCGUGAUUUGCAGUUCCUUGCUUGCAUCAAUUUGCAGUCUCCUCUCCAUAGCAGUGGACAGGUACUUUACUAUCUUUUAUGCCCUCCAGUACCAUAAUAUCAUGACGGUGAAGCGUGUAGGGGUCAUCAUCACAUGCAUCUGGGCUGCUUGCACAGUCUCAGGCAUUUUGUUCAUCAUUUACUCUGACAGCAGUGUUGUCAUCAUCUGCCUUAUUAGUAUGUUCUUCACUAUGCUCAUUCUCAUGGCAUCCCUCUACGUCCACAUGUUUAUGAUGGCUCGGAUGCAUAUCAAAAAGAUUGCUGUUCUUCCAGGGACUGGGCCUAUUCGCCAAGGGGCCAACAUGAAAGGGGCCAUCACUCUCACCAUCCUGAUUGGAGUUUUUGUUGUGUGCUGGGCUCCAUUUUUCCUGCACCUGAUUUUCUACAUCUCCUGCCCCUACAACCCUUACUGUGUGUGCUUCAUGUCCCACUUUAACUUCUACCUCAUCCUCAUCAUGUGCAAUUCCAUCAUUGAUCCACUUAUCUAUGCAUUCCGGAGUCAGGAGCUCAGGAAAACAUUUAAGGAGAUUAUAUGCUGCUGUAGCCUGAGAGGGCUUUGUUAUUUGCCUGGCAAAUAUUAA